AGCUCUUUCAAAUAAGGCUCUUGCUGUUGUAGAAGCAUUGGAAGGAAAGAGGGUGGAAACAUUCAUGUCUUCAUUCAGAGCUGUGACAGAAGAGAGCGGGCUGCCUUUGAAAAAGCUAGACAAGAAACUAGAAAGGACACUUCUACAUUCAUAUCGUAAGGAAUUGACAUCUCAAGUUUCGGCUGAGACUGACCCUGUAUCACUUCUGCCGAAAGUCGUGUCUUUACUCUAUGUCCAGGUUUACCAUAAAGCUCUACAAGCCCCUGGAAGGGCCAUUUCUGUUGCUAUUUCUCAAUUGACGGAUAAGCUUGACGAGACAGCUUGCAAGAUUAUAGCUGAUUAUCAAGCUGCUGCCGUUACUCUUUUGACACUAUCAGCUACUCCUGAUGACGAAGACAGUUGUGCAUCGAAUAGAAUUAAAGAGAUUCUGGAGAGCCAAAUGCCUGCUCUCAAAGUUUGGUUUCGGGAUGGACGAAUUUUAUGUUAG